AUGAAGAAUAGAAUACUUACAUUUUUGCUCUUUAUUCUUGUAAAAACGUGUCUAACACUAAACUCACAUUAUUUUGGACAAGUAGAACCAUUCACACCGGAUGAUUUCAAUGAAAAACCUGAUAUUGAUAGUCCAGGGAUAUGCCACAGUUCAAAUAUGAAAUGUUUGGAGAAUCUAAAACCACACGAAUUAGAAGUUUGUGCUUACGUUAGAAAUGAGGGUUUGAUAGAUUUUGACUUGAUAUGUAGUAUUUAUUUAGAAAAUUGUGAGAGACAAACGAAAGCUGGUCGCAACAUGAUGUAUUCGUACGGCGUCCGAAACGAUGAUGAUCUUAUUUAUCACAACGGUCUAAUGCAUGAUUGUAAAUUCUACUUCAAAAUGGCAAAGAAUGGAGAACAUGCUGUUCAAAUUUAUUUCGAAGCCGGUGCGGAAGGCCCCGAAUAUUAUGUACAUGAAGGUGGAGAUAUGGAUCCGAAUAUAUUGGUUUAA